ACAACACAAUUCUCAAAUAUCAUUUCUAUAAACUCCGUCAAAACAAUACUUUAAUUCCGAAAAAUGGGGGGUUCUACGAGCUCUUCCUAUAAAUCCAAGACAACCACCACAACCAACAAAAGCGUCAAAGACAAAACAUUAACAGGCGCAGGCAACCUCAUCAAGCUCCUCCCGACAGGCACGGUCUUCUUGUUCCAGUUCCUCAACCCUGUCUUGACCAACAACGGCAAAUGCACUGCUGUCAACAAAUACCUAAGCGCCGUUCUCAUCGGUGUUUGCGGCUUCUCCUGCUGCUUUUCUUCCUUUACAGACAGUUACAAAGGCAGUGAUGAACAAACACACUAUGGGGUGGCAACAUGCAAGGGGCUUUGGCCCUCGACGAGUUCAAACUCUGUGGAUUUGUCUGCUUACAAGCUUAGGUUUGGGGACUUUGUGCAUGCCUUCUUUUCCUUGAUUGUGUUUGCAGUUGUGUCACUUUUGGACGCCAACACUGUCAGGUGCUAUUAUCCAGGGUUCGAGUCCACUGAGAAGGUUUUGCUACAGGUGUUGCCUCCGGUUAUUGGUGCAAUAGCCGGAACUGUUUUCGUUGUGUUCCCUAAUAAACGCCAUGGAAUUGGGUACCCGUCGUCAAGUUCUGAUUCUUCACAGGAUUCAGAGUCGGCGGCUUCCUAAGCUCUUGAACUUUGACUUGAAGUGGUAAAUAUAGCUAAUAAACGCCAUGGAACUGGGUAUUCGUCGUCAAGUUCUGAUUCUCCACAGGAUCCGGAGUCGGCGGCUUCUUAAGCUCUUGAACUAUGACUUGAUUCACAAGACUCAAAGUGGUAAAUAUAGCUAAUAAACGCCAUGGAAUUGGGUACCCGUCGUCAAGUUCUGAUUCUUAAUAGGAUUCGGAUUUGGCGGCUUCCUAAGCUCUUGAACUAUAUAUGAAAAGAUGUUGAUUGAAAAUAAUAUAUGUUAUAUUAUUAGGUUGUAAUAAUAUGAAGCAUCAGCUCAUGAGUUGUAAGAAACGGACGAUCGAUAAUAAGAUGAGUGGUGCAAGCACGAUCCAUCAUUUUCCCAACGGACAUCAUCUUUUGAUAUUAUGGGUCCAAUUGAAAUAAUGUAGGUAUAAAGAAGCAAGCAGGUGAGAUCCAAGUAAAUACAACAAGAUGACAAUGUAAAUGUUGUAACAAUAUUAUUGAAUUAAUUGAUUCAAAGAACCCUUCCACAU